CGCGCCCACUGCUCCGCAGCUCCGCUGGAGUUUCAUCCCUUCCGAAAGCGCAGGCUUUUUUGUGAUGAAGCCCAGGCUGUUGACUUUUCUUCCGUGUCUUUGGGCAUCUUAUCCAAACCCCGGGGAAAGGGGAGCCGGCCCACCACCGCGGUCAGUGCACCCGCCCAGCUGCCCCUCCCCGAUGAAAUAACUGCAGCUGACUACCUUUUGUAGUCAAAAGAUCUCCAUUUUAAACCACAGGCCUGGGAGGGGCGGCCUGGCCUGGGACAAGAGCGAGUCUGCGCCAAGAUGCUGGAGGAGGACAUGGAGGUGGCCAUCAAGCUGGUGGUGGUGGGGAACGGGGCGGUGGGCAAGUCGAGCAUGAUCCAGCGGUACUGCAAGGGCGUCUUCACAAAGGACUACAAGAAAACCAUCGGAGUGGACUUUCUGGAGCGACAGAUCCAAGUUAACGAUGAGGAUGUCAGACUAAUGUUGUGGGACACUGCAGGUCAAGAGGAAUUUGAUGCAAUAACAAAGGCCUACUAUCGAGGAGCCCAGGCCUGUGUGCUGGUCUUUUCCACGGUGGACAGGGAGUCUUUUGAAGCAGUUUCCAGCUGGAGAGAAAAAGUAGUCGCUGAAGUUGGAGACAUCCCAACUGUGCUUGUGCAAAACAAGAUCGAUCUCUUGGAUGACUCUUGUAUAAAGAAUGAGGAAGCCGAGGCCUUGGCCAAGAGGCUCAAGUUGAGAUUCUACAGAACCUCGGUAAAGGAAGACCUGAACGUGGCAGAAGUUUUUAAAUAUUUGGCUGAGAAAUACCUUCAAAAACUCAAACAAGUCCCUGAGGACCCAGAACUGAUGCAUUCAAGUAGUAACAAAAUUGGUGUCUUUAAUACAUCUGGAGGAAGUCACGUGGGCCAGAAUUCCAGUACCUUAAAUGGCGGAGACAUCAUCAAUCUCAGACCUAACAAACAAAGGACCAAGAAAACCCGAAAUCCCUUUAGCAGCUGUAGCAUUCUCUAAGAUGUUGUAGGAGGAGCCAGGAUGAAGCACGUUGACACAGGCAACCACUGCCCUAUUCCACAGGCAUCUCAGCAGCCUCUGUGCCUAGUGGCUUCCUGAAGGCUAGAGAUCCAAGCUCUGCUCUGCAGGGCUUCAGAAUGUGCUGUGGGACCUGUGGGAAACUGCCCUGUGGGCUUAUUUUCAUAUUUCCACGUUAGACAAAGUUUCUCCUGUUUAUUUUUUUUUAAUGCUAUAAAAUGUCAAACAGGUUGUGCUGAAUUUUAAAUGCUGGAAAACAUGAAUGCCUAAUUAUAUUGGAACCGAUUUUAAGGAAAAAGCAUUCUUUUCCUGCAAUUGGUCAUCUUCCUUUUCUGAAAAGCAGUAUUCAUUGUGAAUACUUGGAGAACAUAGUACUGAAAGGCAACCCUGAGUCUAGCCAGAUGGCAUUGGUAUGUUUUUGGCAAUGUUUUCGUUAAAUAUUGGUAGAGGAAGGCAUGCGCUAGUUGGUCCUGAGCAAACUGAGAACAUGUACAGUAUUUAAGGUAAUUAGAUUCUAACUCAUUCAUGAAAUCAUUUGUGUCUUGUUUUAUUUUCGAAUGAGAAAUUCUAGACAGACAUUUUGCAAAAUGAGCUUGAACUUAAAAAUGCUUUGUGCCAAAAAAA